CAGUUCCCGGCACUCAGACACCCGCCAUGACCCUCCGCGUUCUCGUCGCCGCCCUCGUGGCCGUCCUUGUUUCCGUGGCUAGUGCCAUGCCCCAACCGGAGGCUGAGCCAGGCUUCCGCGGCGGCUUUAGCCACGGCGGCUUCGGCGGCGGCUUUGGUGGCGGCUUCGGCGGCUACGGAGGAUACCGCGGCAAGAGGAGCGCCGAAGCUGAACCUGAGCCAGGCUUCCGCGGUGGCUUUGGCCACGGUGGUUUUGGUCAUGGUGGCUUCGGCGGCUUCGGCGGCUACGGAGGAUACCGCGGCAAGAGGAACGCCGAGGCUGACCCUGAGCCAGGCUUCCGUGGCGGCUUCGGCCAUGGUGGCUUCGGUGGUGGCUUUGGCGGCGGCUUCGGCGGCUUCGGAGGAUACCGCGGCAAGAGGAGCGCCGAGGCUGUCCCUGAGCCAGGCUUCCUUGGCGGCCUCGGCCAUGGCGGCUUCGGUGGUGGCUUUGGCGGCGGCUUCGGCGGCUAUGGAGGAUACCGGGGCAAGAGGAGCGCCGAGGCUGAGCCAGGCUUCCGCGGCGGUUUUGGAGGCUUCCAUGGAGGCUUCGGUGGCUUCGGAAGAGGGUUUGGUUACGGCAAGUAAAAUAAACUGCUCCGUGACCUUAGAUGCCGACCUGUAGAUGCUAACAAGAAAAUAAACUGAGCACAGAAA